AUGGUAAAGGAGAGCGCUGCGGCUAGAUGCAUGCCAGGUGAGCGUUCCAAAGUGCUGCAGGACCUGAGAGAGUGGCAGCAAAAGUUCAGUGUUACGGUUCCGCAACAGCUGCAAAUGUGGGCGAAAAGAGAGCUGUACAGACAGGAUGUCUUAACGUUACAGCAGAGUAAAGUGAGACAGAUGAAGAGGGAUGACCCAAGCCACAUGGAGGAGCCAUGCUGGAGAUGCCACAGAGUUGGUGAGUGUGUCCCGACCUGUCCAGUGUUAAAGCGGCUAGAAGUGCGAGAGGCUUCACAAGUGCCAGGAGAGUCUACUGCGUCUGGAUUCAAAGUCCAGUCUGGCAUAUUUGGCCAGAAUUCAUCCCCAGCGGUUCCACACCGGAGGCCCUACUACAGGAAUGGUGAGACUAUUCUUAAAGGGGUGGUGGAAAGGGAACAGCAGGCUGGUGGGUUGAAAGACUGUGACUCUUUAUUUACAGGCAAGGUCCGGAGAGACAUUGUUCAGGGAACAGACUUUCCCUUAGUUCGGGACUCAUUAUACAACAAUGAAGUAUUGCAUGUGGGGCAAUCAAACCAGUUGGGUAAUGUUUAUCCUAUGCAAAAUGUCAUGUUUAAUUUUGCUGAAAAAUGUCCCGAGGUAAAAUGUGAAAGUAUGACUGUGGGGUGUGAGGUAACACCCAUAGAGAAAAGUGUAGGGGUGACCCCUAAAUUUAAUGUUCCCCUAGAGCCUGUGAAGGAGGUUAUUCACAGUGGGAAACAUGCGGAAGCAGAAAGUGAGUGUGUGCAACACAAUAUGAGUGAAAAUUGUGUUGGUAAUUCAGAUGGAGGGUAUCUUAAAGGUGAAGUAAACCUUAAGCCCUGCCCCAUGUAUAACGUGCAAGAGUGGGUGUGCAAGUUUGAGGCUGUGUGCAAAACAGAGUGCACAUAA